AUAAACUGUAAUUUUUUUUUAUCUCGUGUAUCUUUUAUUUUGGCGGUGUUUAAUAUCAUCGAUAAAUUUGGCUUUUAUAGCCAAUUUAAUCGAAAAGAACUCUUUUGGUUGAUAGAAUAAGUAAUUCGAAAAGUGAAGGAAGAAAGACACAUUUUACAAAAUGUCGGAUUCCACCAAUCUCGUCUACAUAUGUGUUCACUGUGGACAAGUUGUUGAAAAUAAAGACAGUGAAUGGCACGACAGACAGUGUCCUGCAAAAAACAUAAAUUUAGACGAUGAACAAGAGGAUAUCGAAUUAAAUGUUGAUGAAAUUGACGAUGAAACACCAGAAGCCAAACAACAGGUCGAAAAAGAAGCAUACGCAGUUCGAUUAAUAAAUGCUGUGAAACCUCGUGUUCUACUCUGGGAAAGGUAUCAAAAACGUGAUGUUCCAGCUAGACAAAAAUUAUGGGCGGAAAUUGAACAAGAAUUAGGUGCUGAAGCCGGUGCGGCGAGAAGAGAUUGGAAUCAUAUUCGUGAUAAAUAUCGAAGCGAACGAGCGAUUCUAAACAGAGCAGCAAAAGCAGGUCGACCAGCGACAUCAAACUGGGAGUACUACAAUCACUUAUCAUUUCUUGAACAGAAUGAACUUCCAAGGCCAACAACUGGAACGAAUUCAGCGCCAACAAUUGUCUCAUCAAAAAUAGUGACAGUGAAUGGAAAGAAAAUUAUCACCCGCCAACGUGGUAAACCAGGUCCAAAACCCGGUACAAAAAAGAAAAAGACGAUAAUAUUAAAACCAAUAACAAGAUCGAAACGCGAACCAAAACCAACUCAUUCACAAUCAUUAGCAAAAAUUACCACACCAACUACAACGGCAAAAAUGAAUGAAUUGCGCGUUGUUGUUUCGAGAAAUGAUUAUUUAACGAAUAGACAAAAUAUGAAUAGCCAUUCAAUAAUGAAUGAUUCGAGUUCACGUAAACGACCGCAGCAAACCGAUUUGGAAACAACAACACUUAAACAAGUGUGCAUUAGAAAUAACGAACAAACACAAAUGAACAGUACAAACGAUCACGAUACAGUUGGUAAAUUUUGUUCUUAUUUAGAAGUUAUGUUGAGAACAUUACCAAAGGAGAAGCAAGAAGUUUUUUACGAGGAAACACUCGAUCACCUGGCGACAUUAAAACGACAAAUACGAAGGUCGAAUCAUUCAAAUCCAGCGACCAACUACAUGUGAAUUGAUUGAACGUUUUUUUUUUAUAUUUUUCAUUUUGUCUUGUUCAUUGAUAAAAAAAAAUCAAAAUUUAUGUCAAAUGUUUUCCACGGGGAUCGACAUUGAAACGAAAUUAAAAGAAAAAUUACUUUUGUUUUCGUUUUUUUAAAAGUCUAAAACAAGUGGGAAAAAAAGGGAAAGAAAACUGCAUUUAGAUUCAGAAAAUUGUUUGACGAAAAUCUAAAAAUAGAACAAAUAUUGGAAGAUUUACUUAAUUUUCUGUUGGACAAUAAAUUGCGUUCUUGACUUUGGUUUGAGUCGAAACUAAAUUAAGAUUACAAGACGAAAUUAAAUGCAGUUUGACAAAUAAAAGACUGAAUUAAGUUUCGGAUUAACGAAAUUAAAUUCUGUUUUUAUUUUCGUUUCCUGACACGAACAUGAAACGAGAAACGCAGCGGUCCCAGAUUUUCAAAGUAUAAAUCUAUAAACUAUAUAUAUAUAAUUUUAUAUAUUUUUUUUUAUAUAUAGCACAUGUAUUAUAAAACAGCUUUAAGUUUUUUAGAUUAUUAUUAUUCUUAAUUUUCGUUUAUCUUUACGUAUUAAAAAAUUAAAAAAUGUCUAAAAAUUUGAAAAAAAUGUUCAAUUUCUUUUUUGUUUUUUUUGUUUGGUACACGCUUUUCUUUUUUGGGUGCGAGAAAAAAAAGAAAUAUUCGUAAAUGUAAAAUAUUCUUAUAUUUUUUGUAAUAACGAUAAAUUGUUAGUUUCGUUUAUUGUAAAUGAUAAAUCGAACUUCAGAGAGUGUUAGAUAUUUCUUUUUUAAUUCAAAAAUGUAUGACGAUUUUACUUUUUCGCGAGAAAGAAUUUAGUCUAUUUUCACAAAGAAAGUGGGAGAGAAAGAGAUAGAGAGAGAGAGGACGACGAAUGAAUGAAAAAACAAAUAGUGUUUUCUAAUUUAAUACAUAGCCCUUUAUAUGUGUCGAAAUAAAACUGUCCAAUGGUCUAAAUAGAAUUAUUAUUUAUCGUAAAAAAAACUAUUUCGUGUAAGUUGAGUUACCACAAACUUUGACUUUUCUUUUACUAUUUUCACAACGUGGAAGUCAAUUAUUAAACGAAGUUUCCAUUGGAUACUGUCAAAUUUAUUUUAUUAACAACAAUGUAUUACUAAGGCUUCGUUUGUUAAAGCACAAUAAAUUGAUAUAACUUUA